AUGUAUCUUUGGAAAGCAUUGUCAUUACUGCCGUUGGUACAUAAUGUCGUUGCCAACUCCUUCGACGAUGAUUUGAUGUCCUUUGUGACGCUUCCUGGUGUCCGAGCCUUGAAAUUCAAUGUCGAACACCACGACCGCACUCGCCUAGCCCCCGGAUAUUGGUUCGUCGCACCGUACUCGGGCAUUGGUCCAGAGGCCCCCACCCAGAAAUAUCAGCAGUUCCAAGUCGGCCCGUAUAUCUACGACAACGAUGGCAAACUCGUCUGGGCUGGUUCCCCCGUUUAUGACAAUCGCAAUACUUUCGAUUUCAAGCCGGUACACAACAUCGAUGACGACUGGUACCUGUCAUGGAUCGUCGGGUGGAAGCAUGACGACUCGCACAAGGGAAACGGAGUAGUGAUGGAUCACAAAUACCAGAUCAAGAACGAAGUGCAAGUGGUCAAUGACCUUCACGACUUCAACAUGCACGAGUUCACCGUCCUGCCCGGUGGCAAGACGGCGUUGGCCUGCACCUACCGACGCAUGAUGAUCAACCUGGCCGAUUUUGGGCGGCCCGGAGAGGAAACCGGUGUUGUCCUAGGCGGAUUUGUCGAGCUCGACACCACAACGAGUCAGAUUAUCACCGAGUGGGAUUCCCGCGACAAGAUCGCCCCACACGAGUCGGAGAUCCUGAAGCCAGAGGACCCGAAUCACCCCAUUGAAGACGCCGCCGACUACGUGCACAUCAACUCGGUCGACAAGAAUGCCGCCGGCGACUACCUCAUCUCGAUGCGGUUUACGAGCACCAUCUAUCUGAUUUCGGGCGCGGAUGGCCACAUCAUCUGGCGGCUCGGUGGGAAAGAAAGCAGCUUCAUCCAGGACUUUGUAUUCUCUCAGCAACAUGAUGCCAGUUUCGUCGAGUCCGACGGCACCCGCCAUGUCAUUUCGAUUCUGAACAACGGCGGCUGGGAAGGUGCCGAGGUCGAGCCGAUAUCGUCGGCCCUCGUCGUUGAGCUUGACACCAGCGUCACACCUGGGACGGCCAAGGUCAUCCGGCGCGUGAACCGUCCCGAUAAAGGGAUGACCAAGCUCCGCGGCAGCGCCCAGGUGCUCCCCAACGACAACCUGUUCGCCGGCUGGAGCGAAUGGGGCUACCAGAGCGAACACGCACCGAACGGCGACGUGUUGAUGACCGCCCGCUUUGCCUCGGAGCGUUUCUCGACUUACCGCACAUACAAGUCGGAGUUUAUCGGCCGCCCCAAAACGCCGCCGGCUGUGGUCGCCGCCGUCUACGGCACCAACAAGGACGACUUGAGCACGACCAUCCACGUCAGCUGGAACGGCGCCACAGAGGUGGCCUCAUGGAAGUUCUACGCCCGGUCCUGGGACCGGGGCACCCCCGUAUUCAUUGGGAGUACCAACAAGACCGAUUUUGAGACCUUGUUCAUUGCUAACGGCUACAUGGACUGGAUCUCCGUUGAGGGCAUCGAUCGCAACGACUCGUCGCUGGGAUCCUCGGACGUGCAUCGCAGUAAGACCCCGAUGGACUGGAAAGCUGCGGGCUUCCGUGGUGCUGACAACGGGCCCUCGCCGGAAAACCCGGCGGUUAUUUACUCGACCAUGGAGGACGUGCAGGCUUCCACGGGCAAUGGCGACCCCGCAGCGCCCCAUCGCGAGCCGGGCGUGUACUCGGACGCCAAGAAGCUUGCCCAGGAUGUCCACCAGGCUUCCGAGCUCAUCCGCAAGGUGCUCGGCCUGCUGGGUUUCAUCGUGACGGUUAGCGUCGUCGGUGGCGUUGGGGUCAUCUUGUUCCGUGUGUGUCGCCGCCGCCGUAUGCGCUCUUACUUGCAUGUCCCCCAAGACGAGGGUCUUCUCACAGAGCAGAUGCAGGUACAAUCCUCUCGUGUUUGA